AUGCUAGACCGGUUGAAAAACCCACCGCCUCUUCAUCCCUCUGCUCGUGAAUUGACUGUUGGAGAAGCUAUGGAGUUCAAACGCAAGGUAAAAGUUCUGGAAAAUGAAUUUCAUUCCAAGACAACACCGCUGCUGGAAACUGUUGUUACUAUUUGCGAGAGGGAGAGUGAGCUGCGUAAAGCUGAUGGUUCUGAUCCCGAAAAGAAGAGAAGUAGUUAUGGUGAUAUGAGAGGGGCUUACAGUCUAGAAGAAGAAUUGAACAACAAAUGA